CGUCAGGAGAAGGCCCUUGGCCUUCCAAUGUGAGACUGGGGCAAAUUCUAGUCCUCCCAAUCCCUGCUCGGCGCAGGCAAUUCAAACUGGCAGCGGGCUAGAAAAAGCAGAGAAAGCGGAAGAAAGAGCAAAACCCGGUGUGAUCGGUGAUUGACUCCAGCGCGGACUGAGCCUAUUCCAAGGCCUCUCCCCGCCUCCACUUCGCAGCACCGCUGCUAACUUCCGAGCGACCGCUGUGGGAGAGACCUUACGGGCAACGGCGGCAAGUGCGAGAGCAGGGGAGGGAGAGGACGCCGAGAGUCGUGGUGCAAGGGAGGGAGCCCGCGGGCGAGCUCGAAGAGGGCGCGGGACCCGGCCAGAACCGGCGUGGAAAGGGCUGGGGAGCGGGGGGCGGCGUUGAAUCCUACGAAGAAGUCGCGUGGAGCCCAGCUGGAAUUGGAGCACUCUGCAGGCGGGGCUCGGGGCUCGCACUGGGAGUGGUCAGAGAGGCGAGGCUUUAAAGGGACGAGCCCGCUGGGAACUGGGAAAUCGCCCAAUUCCUGGGCCUCGGUCAGAGCCCAAGAGCGAAGAUUCUUGAAGGCCAGAGAAAGUAAAACCUGUUGCGAAGUUUUCCCUUCAAGUCCACUUGACUCUCCGCACCUCGAACUCUACUUCCCUUCCCUCCCCAAGUCAAAAGGAAGUAAAAUUUGUUCUUUCUAUUCAAUAAAUACUAAUUUUACCUUUCUACCAGGAAAAUAAGACUCUUCCCAGUUUUAAAGAGUUAAGAGAUCUCAAGGCCUUUCGACUUAGUUGUUAGCCCGAGGUAAUCAAAGUCUCCCCUAUCAAAUUUCUGCACCUUUUUCUACGUGGGCCGCUAUGUCUACCAACAACUGUACUUUCAAGGACCGAUGCGUGUCCAUCCUGUGUUGCAAAUUCUGUAAACAAGUUCUCAGCUCUAGGGGAAUGAAGGCUGUUUUGCUGGCUGAUACCGACAUAGACCUUUACUCUACAGACAUCCCUCCUACCAACACAGUGGAUUUCAUUGGAAGAUGCUAUUUCACAGGAAUCUGCAAAUGUAAACUGAAGGACAUCGCAUGUUUGAAAUGUGGGAACAUUGUAGGCUACCAUGUGAUCGUUCCGUGUAGUUCCUGCCUUCUUUCCUGCAACAAUGGACACUUCUGGAUGUUUCACAGUCAGGCUGUUUAUGGUAUAAACAGACUAGACUCCACUGGUGUGAACUUCCUACUCUGGGGCAAUUUGCCAGAGACAGAAGAAUGUACAGAUGAAGAAAUGCUAGAGAUUUCACCAGAAGAAUAUAUUCGAUGAAAGAAUUAUGAUAUAUAUGAAGUAUUUUAUAAUUUUUCUAUUUAAAGUAUUUAAUUGGUCAAUUUUAACAUUGCUAGUAAAGAUUUGCCGGUGGUUUAAAAUGCCA